AUGAGUCAAGAAACAACAUUUGAGCGAGGAACGUCCUUAGAAAAUGAUUUUAGACGAUUAAUCAAUGACAAACGAUUUUUUGACAUUACUUUAAAAUGUUCGGAUGAAAAGAAAUUAUCCUCAUGUAAAGCUAUUUUAGCAACUCGUUCCGACGUUUUCAACUCUCUUAUAUUUACCGAAUCAAAAAAUCACAACGAUAAUGAACUUUCAUUUAGUAAUAUUAAUUCAGAUGCUAUGAAAGUAAUAUUAGAAUAUUUGUAUACGUCCAAGGUUGAAGAGCAAAGCUUAACUAUUAAUAAUAUUGUUGAA